AUGCCCAGCGCUCUUCAAAUGGAUUGCGCUCUACUUCGCCUCUUUUUGAUGAUUGCUUUUCUAAUACCGACCGUCUUUGCACACAAGUUCCACACUAGACGGGAACGUCACAAUCGUCGAACUUCAAGCGGUUCGGCUUGUUCGCCUGGAACCUAUUCAAGUAAUGGGAAUACACCCUGUACUCCCUGCCCAGCGGGAUCUUAUUCGAAAGACAGUUCCGCCAAGUCGUGUGCCCCUGCAAGGGCUGGGUAUUAUAUACCUAAGGAAGGGGCCACGUCCGAGACAAGCUGCUCGGCAGGCACCUACAACGAUAACACAGGCUCGACCUCUUGCAAGACUUGUCCUGCGGGAAGUAUGUGUCCCAAUGACAGCCUCACUAAACCCCAGGCCUGCUCUCCCGGUCGUUACUCGACAGGCGGGAACGUCGUACAAUGUACUCUAUGUCCUGCGGGAUACUUCAACAAUAUACAAGGCGCCACUGGCUGCUGUCAGUGCGCUGCGGGGUGGUUCAACGGGAAUCCAGGAAAUACAAAUUGUCAAAUGUGCUCGAACCAAUAUCCGUACUCAGACCCUGGCGCCCCAAGUAGCGGGUCUUGUUCGGCAACGCCUGGACAUUGGGCGAAAGCCGGCAGCUGCCAACAAAGUAGCGAUGGGACGUGCCCUGGUUCCCAACCAAUGGGAAGCUCCGUUCCCAGGCGGGCCCUUCACGCUCCAUUAUGCAAGCAUUUUCGCCAAAAGGCUUGCCCACUUUACAGCCAAGGGAAAACCCUGACUGGGUAUGAUUGCGUCGACGUCGAAAAUGAUUUAGAGUCAUGUGGGGGCUGCGUUACCCACGGUCAGACGAGCAACGAUGGCGGUCAGGAUUGCAGUAACAUUCCCUGGGUCAACGCUGUCCGGUGCCAAAAAGGACGGUGUCUCAUUGAAUCGUGCCAGAUGGGUUAUGUUACGUCGGCCAACGGAGAUUCCUGUAUUCCAGUGUAA